AUGCUAAAGGCUAUCGAGCAAGACGUUUUUCAAUUCGUUGAUUUUGCUCCAAUGUCAUUUGAUGGCUACAUAGAUAAUUGUUUGAUUACACAUACCGUUAAAGCCGUGGGUGGAGAUACUCACCUAGGCGGAGAAGAUUUUGACAAGUUGAUGGUUGACCAUUGUGUGCAAGAAUACAAGAAGAAGGAAAAUAAGAAUAUAAGUCAAAAUGCAAGAGCAAUGAUGAGGUUGAAAAUUGCUUGUGAAAAAGCAAAGAGGGAUUUGUCAUCAACUCCACAAACACCAAUUGAAAUUGAUUCCUUGUAUGAGGGAGUUGAUUUAACAACAAAAUUCAGCCGUGCAAAGUUUGAGGAGCUAAAUGCUGGCUUCUUCAACAUGUGCAUUAAGCAUGUUGAGAGUUGUUUGGGAGAUGGGAACACGCAUAAGAAUGAUGUUGACGAUGUAGUCAUUGUUGGUGGGUCGACAAGAAUUCCAAAGGUACAAAAAAUGCUGAUGGAGUUCUUCAAUGGGAAACCACUUUGCAAGAGCAUUAGCGCGGAUGAAGCUGUCACUUAUGGCACAGCAGUGUUGGCUGCUAACUUAACUGGUACGGGUGAUGCAAAGGUGCAGAAGAUGAUACUAGCAGAUGUGACACCAUUAUCCCUCGGCAUCAGGGUUGUUGGUGGAUUUAUGAGUGUCGUAAUCCCAAGGAACACACCCAUACCUACCAUCAAGGUUGGGGACUUUGUAACGAGCAUCGACAACCACACAAUUGUACCUUUCAAUGUAUUUCAAGGUGAGAGCAGAAAAACAGAAGACAAUAUCUUCCUUGGCACAUUUAGGCUUAUUGGCAUACCACCGGCCCCUACAGGUGUUGAAAAGUUGAAGGUUUGCUUUAAGUUAGAUGCUGAUGGUAUUCUCAAUGUCUCUGCUGAGGUUGUAUCCACAGGCGCUAAAAACAGUAUAACUAUUGUUAAAAGCGGAGUUUUAUCGAUUCCAAAAGAUGCCAAGUAA